GGCAUAAUUUUUGGAGCCCAGUCUAAGGGGUCCUUCCUCUCACAGGGAAAUAUAUAUAUAUUUUUUUAACUCAAGUCCGAUGUUUAUGUUGAUAGAAAUUGAAGAAUGCCUGCUGAGCGCAAGAGAUCAGUAAACAUGGAUGAGAAAGAGGUGAGCUCCUUCAGUAACAAGGACAAGGAGAAAGAGCGGGAUGGUGAGAGGAGGCCGGCCUCCUCCCGGGAUAAAGGGAAGGAUGAAGUCAAGUUGAGUGGAAAGAAAGACAGUGGUAAGGCUGUAGAGGAGAAGAGGAGGAGACAGGAAGAAGAGAAGAGAAAGAAGGAAGAAAAGGAGCGAAAACGCAAAGAGGAGGAGAAACAGAAGGCAGAGGAGGAGCAAAGGAAGAAAGAGGAAGAGGACAAGAUACAGCAGGAGGAGCAGGAAAGGAAACUUCAGGAAGAGGAGGCCAAGAGACAGCGUGAAGAGGAGGCAGCUCAACUCAAGGAGAAGGAGGAAGGCCAUCAGCUGCACCAAGAGGCCUGGGAGCGCCACCAGAGCCGCAAGGAGCUGCGUGCACGCAACCAAAACGCCCACGAAUGCCGUCCCGAGGAGACCUUCUUUAGCCGCCUAGACUCCAGCCUGAAGAAAAACACAGCAUUCGUCAAGAAGCUGCGCACACUGACUGAACAGCAGCGUGACGCCCUUUCCAACGACUUCAGCUCACUCAACCUCAGCAAAUACAUUGGCGAGGCGGUGGGCUCGGUGGUGGAGGCCAAACUGAAGAUCUCUGAUGUGGGUUGCGCCGUGCACCUGUGUUCCCUCUUCCACCAGCGGUAUGCUGAAUUUGCUCCUCUGCUUCUUCAGGCCUGGAAGAGGCACUUUGAGGCGCGCAAGGAGGAAAAGGCGCCCAAUGUGAGCAAGUUGCGCACUGACUUGCGCUUCAUCGCAGAACUCACCAUUGUGGGCCUGUUCACAGACAAGGAGGGCCUCUCACUCAUCUACGAGCAGCUGAAGAGCAUAAUUGGGACGGACCGCGAGACACAUACACACGUAUCAGUGGUCAUCAGCUUCUGCAAGCACUGCGGGGACGACAUUGCUGGACUGGUGCCUCGCAGGGUGAAGGCUGCACGGGAGAAGUUUGGCCUGACCUUCCCUCCCAGUGAGAUCAUCAACACAGAGAAGCAGCAGCCCUUCCAGAACCUGCUGAGGGAGUACUUCACCUCACUAACUAAACACCUGAAAAAGGACCACCGCGAACUGCAGAACAUUGAGAGGCAGAACAGGCGCAUCCUCCACUCCAAAGGGGAACUGAGUGAGGACCGACACAAACAAUACGAGGAGUUUGCCACGUCCUACCAGAAGCUACUGGCUAACACUCAGUCUCUGGCUGACCUGCUGGAUGAGAACAUGCCAGAGCUUCCACAGGACAAGACUGUGCAAGAAGAGCAUGGUCCUGGAAUCGACAUCUUCACCCCUGGAAAGCCUGGGGAGUAUGACCUGGAGGGGGGCAUCUGGGAGGACGAGGAUGCUAGGAACUUCUACGAGAACAUGGUCGACCUGAAGGCAUUUGUUCCUGCCAUUCUGUUCAAAGAUAAUGAGAAGGGCAAGGAAAAAGAGGAGGCUGCUGCUAAAGAGGCCAAAGAUGCUGCCGCCACCACGGAGGAGUUGGAGCUGGAGCUGGAAGCUCUGGACAUCGCUGACGACCCCCUGGAGAUGGACGGGCCGGACGAGGCAGAGAAUGAGGCAGAGCUCGCCAAGAAACUGUUGGACGAGCAAGGUAAAGACGAAGAACAAGAGGAUGAGGAGGCCAGCACAGGGUCCCACCUGAAGCUCAUUGUGGACGCUUUCAUCCAACAGCUCCCCAACUGUGUCAACAGGGACCUCAUAGACAAGGCUGCCAUGGAUUUCUGCAUGAACAUGAACACAAAGUCUAACCGGAGGAAGCUGGUCCGGGCUCUCUUCACUGUCCCCAGGCAAAGGUUGGAUCUGCUGCCCUUCUACUCUCGUCUAGUGGCUACCCUCCACCCCUGCAUGUCCGAUGUGGCCGAGGACCUGUGCUCCAUUCUUAAAGGAGACUUCAGGUUCCACAUCCGGAAAAAGGAUCAGAUCAACAUCGAAACGAAAAAUAAAACUGUCAGGUUUAUGGGCGAGUUGGCCAAGUUCAAGAUGUUCUCCAAAACGGAUACUCUGCAUUGUCUUAAGAUGCUACUGUCAGACUUUUCCCACCACCACAUAGAGAUGGCAUGCACCUUGCUAGAGACAUGUGGACGGUUCCUCUUCAGAUCCCCGGACUCCCACCUGAGGACAAGCGUACUUCUGGAGCAAAUGAUGCGUAAGAAGCAGGCCCAGCACCUGGACGCUCGCUACGUCACCAUGGUGGAGAACGCCUACUACUACUGCAACCCCCCGCCCAUGGAGAAGACGGUCAGGAAGAAGAGGCCCCCGCUGCAGGAGUACAUCCGCAAGCUCCUCUACAAGGACCUCUCCAAGGUCACCACGGAGAAGGUGUUGAGGCAGAUGCGUAAACUCCCCUGGCAGGACCCGGAGUGUAAAGGCUACCUUAUCUGCUGCAUGGUCAACAUCUGGAACGUCAAGUACAACAGCAUCCACUGUGUGGCCAACCUGCUGGCCGGUCUGGUGGCCUACCAGGAGGACGUGGGCAUCCACGUGGUGGACGGCGUGCUGGAGGACAUCCGACUGGGCAUGGAGGUGAAUCAGCCCAAAUUCAACCAGCGUCGGAUCAGCAGUGCCAAGUUCCUGGGGGAGCUCUACAACUACCGCAUGGUGGAGUCAGCGGUCAUCUUCCGCACCCUGUUCUCCUUCAUCUCGUUCGGGGUGAACUCGGACGGCAGCCCCAGCCCCCUGGACCCCCCCGAACACCUGUUCCGCAUCCGCAUGGUCUGCACCCUGCUAGAUACCUGCGGACAGUACUUUGACCGCGGCUCCAGCAAGAGGAAGCUGGACUGCUUCCUCAUCUACUUCCAGAGGUACAUCUGGUGGAAGAAGAGUGUGGAGGUGUGGAGCAAGGAGCACCCGUUCCCCAUUGACAUCGACUAUAUGAUCAGUGACACCCUGGAACUGCUCAGGCCCAAGAUGAGGCUCUGCACAUCACUGGAAGAAUCCACCAGGCAGGUCAACGAGCUGGAGAGGGAAUUUCUGGUCAAACUGGGUCUGGCCAAUGAUGGACAGAAGGACGGCCGGCCCUCCAGCGCAUUGGGGAGUGAAGGGGAGACUGUAGAUGAGGAUGAUGACGAUGAUGACGAAGAGGGAGGGGCGGACACAGAGGAGCAGUCGGGCAACGAGAGCGAGAUGAACGAGCCAGAGGAAGAAAAACAAGCACACAAUCACACACUCCAUCUAAGAACCUGCUGUGUGUUCCAGGAAGGGUCUGAGAAUGAGGAAGAGGAUCGGGAGGAAGAGGAGGAGGAGAACACUGACUAUCUGACCGACUCCAACAAGGAGAAUGAGACCGAUGAGGAGAACAAUGAGGUGACCAUUCGUGGUGGCGGCCUGAAGCACGUGGCGUGCGCUGAGGAUGAGGACUUUAUCCAGGCUCUGGAUAAGAUGAUGCUGGAGAACCUGCAGCAGCGGAGCGGAGAAGCAGUGAAGGUGCACCAGUUGGACGUGGCCAUCCCCCUGCAGCUGAAGAGCCAGCUGAAGAAAGGCCCGGGGGGACCCGUCUGCCCAGGAGAGGGAGAGGCGGAUAUCUCUGAUACCAUGCAGUUUGUCAUGCUCACACGCAAGGGCAACAAGCAGCAGUUUAAGAUCCUGAAUGUGCCUCUGUCGUCCCAUCUGGCCGCCAACCACUUCAACCAGCAGCAGGCAGAGCAGGAGGAGAGGAUGAGGAUGAAGAAGCUCACUCUGGACAUCAACGAGAGACAGGAGCAAGAGGACUACCAAGAAAUGAUGGCGUCUCUGGCCCAGCGUCCCGCACCAGCCAACACCAACCGGGAGCGGCGCCCGCGCUACCAACACCCCAAAGGGGCACCUAACGCCGACCUCAUCUUCAAGACUGGAGGAAGACGCUAGACCAUUGCGACCUAUGGAGGAAGGAGCUGCAGUGAUGAUGGAGACGCUAAUAGGAGUCUGGCCGAGGGAGCGAGCGAAUGAGGAAAAAAAAUAGAGCAAGAGAGGGAGCUGACCAUCAGUCUCGCCCGAGCAGGGAGUGAGUCGGCCAGCCGCCCACUGAUGCAAGUGCAGACACCCACACCUGACCCCGCCCCUGAGGGAGAGCAAAGGAGGAAGGGCGUCAACGGGACGGGGGGGCACACCCUUCACCCAGCUGAGGGGGUCCAGAGACCAGCCCUUUCUUUCUGUCCGUCGCCCGGGACGACACCAGCACAGCCGCACACAAACACCCCACCCCGUCGGAAAAAACGCGAGAACGCCUCGAGAGAAACCAAAAUAAACUAAAAAGCAACUGACCAGCUGACGGACGUAUGAACCCGACAGACACGGACGCAGACAAGACAGCUGGGCAGCAGGACAACAGACCGCGGUCUAACCUUCAGUCCCGUGACGGAUUGGGAUUGAGGUGCACGAGCGCUCGCACGGGCCGGAGAACAUGAGAGGAAUGGACAGAAUGCGUUGAAAGCAAAAGGGGACGGGUGAGGGCUCAUCUUUGGAGAUGGACUGUGCUUCUCUUACUGGGAACAAAUCUGUUGUUCAGUCUUUUUUUUUAUUUUAUUUUUUAUCUCUAUCUAACUAAAUCACACAGUUCAAAAAAAAAAAAAAGCAGCUCUGAAAGGAGGUACGUGAGACGUAGAGGAGAGGACACAGACCGAGUCACCAAACUAGGGAACGACUCACUAAACAGGGUAACGAGGAGGGGGGCGGGAUGUGUCGUUUCUUGAGUGUGAGUGUGCGCUUAGCUCCUCCUCCUCAUGCUGUUAGGAGGAUCCUGCUGCAACUGUGACGACCCUGACCCAGAGGCGGGUACGAGACCAGCGUUUUAGCAUCCCAGUUUUAGUAUAUAUAAGUGAUGAACAUAAUACAUAUUCUUUAUUUUUUCAGCAUUUUUGCUUUCUAGUUGUUUCCUUUAUGUUCAUGAAAAAUCUAUUGAAUUUUUUUGUGAUACACAGUUUGCGUUGAUUUGGAAUUUGUGUGCCGUAUUGUAGUGACUUGACAAGUGGAUCAGAUUCUUAUCAGUGCUGUUGCUUCCUGAGUCAAACUCAGUGAUGAUUGAUUAUUUUUUGAUGCUUUCUGUCUGUUUUGAAUCUUAUUGAUAGUUCUCUACUGCAUGGGCCUUUCUGAACCAGCUCUGUAAGCCAAUUUCUGUGUUACAGUAAAGGUUGUCUGUUUGUGA